CACAAACAGCAUAGCACUACAUCGGCAUGACAUUAACUACAUAAUUAAGAGCGAUACCGAAACCACAAUAGGUCUUUCAAUCACAAAAAUUACUCGAACGAUACAGAACGUUUGCAAUAUAUUUGAAAUAAAAAAGAAAACAAACAAGAUUUCGACAUAACCUGGUCAAUACUAAAACGCGCUGUUUCUUAUACGGGUGGAUCAAAAAUAUAUAAUUUGUGUUUAGAGGAAAAACUCUGUAUUUUGAAGGAAAAAAACCAACACAUCAAAAUUAAAUCCGAAACAGUUGCGAUAUGUAAACAUAAAAAGAAAUUCAUAGUAAACAUUGAUAAUGGAAGGAAGGAAUGCAUGCAUUGUUUGACGCCAACACGCUUCCCUUUUUAAUGACAUGCAAUAACUCCCAUUGGUAAAAGCAGAAAAGGUUUGCUUAGGGAAAAAUAAAUAUAGAGAGAACAAAAUACAUGUUUAUUUAUAUGCUAAUAUUUGCUAGUGCAAAGCGAUGUCGAAAGAAAAUUCAAUGGAUCCAGCUGAAGAUGCUGAAAUGAAUCCUACAGAUGUCCAGAACAACAAGGUAAAAUGUACGUCCAGAAUUACAGAGAAUAGUUGUAGAUAGAUAGACAGAUAGCACGUUGACCACAUCAACAAAUGCUGAUUUCCACGUGGGGCGUGUAUAAAAUAUAAUAGCACAUGCAAAUGAGGUAAAAAGAUAAUACGAAUUUUUAAAUUACUCAUGCAAUAAAUAAGAAUCAAUAAAUAAAUGCGCAACCUGUGGUAGUAUUAGGUCAUAUUUAAUAAGGCAAUAUUCACAACGUGCUAAAUAAGAUACAACUAGUAGAGUAACAACAUAUAUUUACCAGCUGAUUUUUUUAUCGCAUGUGAGAAGCAAUAUUUCUCUGAAAACAAGCAGAAUUAUAAGAACUAUUCAUUCAUUCAAUCAUUAUUUAUUCAUUCAUUCCGUUCAUUCGUUCGUUCAUUCGUUCGUUCGUUCGUUCGUUCGUUCGUUCGUUCGUCCGUUCGUUCGUUGAUCGCUCAUUUGAUCACAGGCCUAUGCACUUCUUCGACAACCAAGGCCUAGUUAGUGAUAUAGUUUUGUAGGUGAAAGAGAAAAAACAAAAUAUCCUGAAGAACACUAACCUCCAAAAUGCACAAGAGAACCGACCACAACUUAACUUAUUUUUAUUAUAUAAACUUGAGUGUGAUAUAGAGUUUUUGGCCACUGAGAAAAAUCGUAUUUAAACACACGUAAAAAAUACGAUAUUUUUACGUCUGAAAAUAUCAUUUGUUGUAAAAUGCAUUGCCACGGACGUUUUAAUCUUUUUCACUGAAUUUUGUUUAUAUAAUAAACAGAAAAAUACAUGGGUGCUUGGAAAUACCAGAUUUAUUUCUCCUGUUAACACUCGAAAUAAAUCUGGUAUUCCCGCGCACCCAUGUAUUAUUCUCUAUAUAUAUGUCGAAUUUUAAGCACAAACAGUCACAUAUUCUUACGAAAGUAUCGCAUAUACCAUUUCACAUGAGAAAUUUUAUGUGAAAAUUAGAAAAUUUCCUAUGUGAAAUUGCUCAUUUCAUCCGAAGUUUUCAGAUAUGAAAUUUGAGUUUCAUGUACAUGACGUUUGGCCUAUGCACGUGAAAGUAUAGCCCAAUUUGUAAAACUAUAAUAUAUCGCAUUUAAAAUUACUUAUUUCACAUGCAUGUGGAACUCGAACAACUCACAUAUGAGAUAUGCAAUAAGUAGGGACUGCUUUGGGCAUAAGUUAAUAUAGACAAAACUGCAAGAGCAAACCAUUUCAAGAUCAAUCGUUUUUAAUACGUUAUAUUGUUUUUUCCCGUUACUUUUCAAAUACAUAUCUCGUUCCUAAAAUCAAGGAGGCCGUAUUUGCUGAUAUUCCAGUUUAGGCUAUCACUCAAGAAAGGCACGAGUUAUUUUAAUUAACAUACUUCUAUACUUUGCAGAUUUUCAGUGUUAUUUACUUAAUAGUCAACUAUUAUAAAAGCAUUAUAUCCAUAUGAACUACCUGCUUUUCUUACAGCCUGAUGGUCCGAACCGUAACUCAAUCCUGAAAGAAAUAGUUGAACGUUACCUGGAAAACAAUAAGGAAUCGGAAUAGGUAUGGCUGGCGAUUAGGCAAAAAGAACGAAUGGAAAACAUAAUUGUUGGUAUAAGUAUAUCCUCUUGCACACAUACAAUGUGUUGCACGGGAAACCAUGUAUUAAAAUCCAAACUCUUUGAACUUUUUGUUAAUCGAGACAUACAGUAUUCGAAAGGCGAAGCAUAUAACGCGUUCCAAACAAUUUUGAGAAAUUCCAAAAUGCCUAUUUUGAGUAUUAUUUGCUAUAUUGUGCGGAAUUUACGUAAUUUUUCCGCAAAAUAUCAAAAUAAUUUGAUAUUAUGCGGAUUCGAAGGAAUUUGAAGCAAAUUUUUGUUAUUUUCCGCUAAAUUUUUCCGAAAAUGUAUUCGCAUAAAACAUUUAUUUUAAGUGUAUGAAAUGUUACCAAGAUUUCUAGCCCAUUUUUAUGCUACAUUUUUAUACUUUGUGCAAACUAAUAUUGGUUUAACCCAAAAAGUAAUAAAACUUCAAGUCCAAUUGUGCGAAGAACUGAAAAAUUUAUCUUUUAAUUCCUUAAAUGUGUGGACUACUGAAAAAAUAUUUCAUUUUGUAUCCAAAUAACUGAAUUUUAACAGAAUUAAAUUUGCUGUCUGCAAAAUACAUGAACAUUUGUAAAAUAUGCUAACUGAUGUAGGGUUGUCAGAAUUUCUGACACCUCUAUUGCUGGCCGGAGAAAAUAUCUGAAAAAUAUGCUAACUGAUGUAGGGUUGUCAGAAUUUCUGACACCUCUAUUGCUGGCCGGAGAAAAUAUCUGAAAAAUAUGCUAAAUGAUAGGGUUGUCAGAAUUUCUGACACCUCUAUUGCUGGCCGGAGAAAAUAUCUGAAAAAUAUGCUAAAUGAUAGAGGUGUCAGAAUUUCUGACACCUCUAUUGCUGGCCGGAGAAAAUAUCUGAAAAAUAUGCUAAAUGAUAGGAGUGUCAGAAUUUCUGACACCUCUAUUGCUGGCCGGAGAAAAUAUCUGAAAAAUAUGCUAAAUGAUAGGGGUGUCAGAAUUUCUGACACCUCUAUUGCUGGCCGGAGAAAAUAUCAAACCAUACAACUCCAUAAGACAUAACAAGCAACUCCCCAGAGACAUCCAACAUUUUUGGAACAAAACGUAACAAAAUAGUAGCGUUGAUACUGUGAUGUGUAUUUGCAAAAUGCAAUAUUAUUUCCUUCAUUAAAAAAUAAUAUUCAUCCUGCUCUAAUCGAGAAAUAUUCAACUCUGUUUUCAACCCAUGAAAAGCAUAAAAAAUAUAGGAUAUUUAAGAAAAAUUUAGGCGCCUGCCUUGAAUGGUCUUUCAUCUACCUUUAAGUUUGUAUUAAAGACCUAUUAAAUACUUUACGUUUAUAUUUCGUAAUAUAAUACGAACGUUUAUAUUUCAGGAAUGAAACAAUGAGCUUAGAUGUAAGAUGUCUAAAUCUACGCCAUAUCCUUAUGCAAUCCCUGACGACAAUUCGCUGAAAUACAAGUUAGCCUGAUAUGUCAUUAAACAAACAAACGCUGGAGUUAAUAUUUGAUAUGCCGAUUUUCGCUAAUAUUAGACACAUAACAAAAUAUGCUCCCGACUUUGAACAUUAAUAUCUCCGUGAAUUUUUAAGUAAAAUACAACUGUAAUAUAUCAAAAUCUAAGUUAGUCCUUCCUCUAUUUAAUGCAAGUUAUUUCUGUUUGAUAGCUUUACUUGUUUAGAAGUUAUUAUAAAUCAAACCGGAGUACUUUUUUUGGGACACCCGGUACACUGUUAAUUUCAGGGAGUUAACUUAACUCCAGUGGAGUUAUACUGUACCUCAAUUAACUCCAAAUGUGGAGUAAAAUUAGGUUCAUAAUAAUACCACUGGAGUUAAAUUAACUCCCUGAAAUUUACAGUGUAUAUAUAUAUAUAUAUAUAUAUAUAUAUAUAUAUAUAUAUAUAUAUAUAUAUAUAUAUAUAUAUAUAUAUAUAUAUAUAUAUAUAUAUGUUUAUUAUGUGUAUCUUCUCGUUUUAGAAUAGACAACAAGUGUUACUUGAAGAAUGGAACUUUUGAGAAACCCUUCAUGGUUUGAAAUUUGUAACUGUUCGUUCAAGCUGUAUUUGGUCAACAUUAUAUAAUUUACGUGUAUAUGACGCGCCUAUAGCAUUUCGCUAGGUACUUGUUAGCUUAAUAUAUACGCAUAACGCGGUGUGAGGGUGAAGUAUAUUUUACUAGAUUCGGAUUUGUCUUCCACUAUGCCACUUCCUCUACUUCUCACUAGCUUAGUAAACACAUGAUUGAUUGUUCGGAUAUAUCAAAUUCAUCUGGCUAAUCGUCCCUUAACAGUAGCGGUAGUGGACGUCAAAUUUGAACAUCACUAUCAACUUCGCAAGCCAGGUUCUCUACUUCCCUUCCUUCCUUAACACGGCGCAGCAGGGGAAAGCGGAAGUAGAGAGCCUGGCUUGCGAGGUUGCCUCACUAUUAACAGGGCAAACGCAAGUAUCCUAGUUACGCAUGUAGCAGCCUGCUACUACAACAGGAAAUCAUACCCUGGUAUACAUUUAAUUUUCAAGAUAUAGUUUUAAUUUUAAAGAUAUAGUUUUUCCUGUAGCACUGUACAUUAGAAGCAUAACUCUGUGUUUGAUUAAACUCUUUUUGGAAAGCCA